GCGAAGAGUCUGAAGUUUCCGUCAGUUGUUAGACUACAAAAACCUCAAAAUGGAUCCUUUGAGCUACAGGGACUGCGAGGCUUGGAGAGCUGAGGGGCUUCCAUUGUCCACCAGCAGUAAUGAGGCGUGCAAACUUUAUGACGCUAUUCUCACUCAGUAUGCUACAUGGCGCAACAUUGACAGUAUUGGAGGAAUUGAAGGGUGCAUGACUGCUAUCAAGGCGGCUGAUCCGGAUUUCGUGAUGGGCCGUGUGGUGAGCACAGGCUUAGAGCUGGUGGGAACAGCAAACUCCCCCCGCCUGGACCAACGUCUGGCCAGCGCUGUGAAGAAAACUGUGGAGCUGGCCAACAAUCAAAACCUUACUUCCAGAGAGAGGCUCCACGUGAAGGCCAUGGAGUUCUUCUCGCAUGGGAAUUUCCCCAAAGCCAGUGAUGUUUGGGAAGAUAUCCUGGUUGAUCAUCCCACAGACUUGCUUGCCCUCAAGUUUGCCCACGAUAGUUAUUUCUAUAUGGGAGCCCAAACUCAGAUGAGGGAUUCGGUGGCUCGAGUGCUGCCCCAUUGGAAGCCUCAUAUCCCUUUGUCCAGGUAUCUGAAAGGACUCUAUUCUUUUGGUCUGCUGGAGACGCGAUUCUACGACCAGGCUGAGAAAGUAGCCAUGGAGGGGCUUGCGCUGGUUCCAGAUGAUGCGUGGUCUGUCCACGCGCUCGCCCACGUCUACGAGAUGAAAGCAGAGUUGGACAAAGGCUUGAAGUUUAUGGAAGGGAGGGAGAAGGAGUGGAAGGUAUCGGACAUGCUGGCCAGUCACAACUAUUGGCACUGGGCACUGUAUUUCAUUGAGAAGGGGCAAUAUGAAGCUGCACUGCAAUUAUUUGAUUCUCAGAUUUUCACACGUUGUAAAGCAAAAGGUUCCAUGUUGGACAUGGUAGAUGCCAGCUCCCUGCUCAGCAGACUGGAGAUGGAAGGUGUAUUUGUGAAGGACCGCUAUCGGGAGCUGCUCCAGGUGACGCUGCCUCACACUGAUGACCAUGUGACCCUAUUUAACGACCUCCACUUCUUGAUGGUAUCGGUGGGAGCGAGAGAGACUGGAGCCUCUCAGCGCUUGCUGGAGGGCCUCCAGGAAUUGGCUAAAACACCAGGUGACAACCAGCAACAUAAGCUGGCUGGACCCAUUGGAGUGCCCAUGUGUCAGGCCUUGAUGGAAUAUGGCGAAGGAAACUACGAUCAAACUGUUGAGUUACUUUACCCUUUGCGCUACAACAUGGUGCAGAUCGGGGGCAGCGAUGCACAGAGAGACGUCUUCAAUCAACUGCUUAUUCAUGCAGCCUUGAAAUCGGAGAAUAAGCACCACCAGAGACUGGGAAGAUGUCUUCUGGUGGAGCGUGACGCAGUGAGGCCAAACUCCCCUCUGACUGAUCGUCUGAUGCAGAGGGCCAUCGCCCUCCAGCACUAGACUGAUUGCAAGCUUUUGUUCGCUGGUGCUCAAGACAUGGAGGUAAUCUCUUCUUGGAUCUGAGAGAUCAAGAUCUGGGACAGCACAAUGCCUGCGAUCUAGAGGACGGCAGCAGCUGAAUUAGAUUACACAACAGGCACUUGUUAAUAGUGCUGUUUGUGGCAGCUCUGUCAAGGAAGGAUAAAAUUGUCCAAAAUCAUUUUCUGUGUGGGGCUGAUUUGUCCCGACAGCAGAGUCAUAUUUACAGGAUCAUAACGCUAAUAACAAAUAAUAUUAUGCAGAGUGAUUUUGUAACACUGUAAAUUCGUCACAUUCAAGACAAAAAGACAUCAAAGUUCAUAGAAUUCCAAUGCAUUUUUGUGCACCGGUCUCAUUGGGGACCCACUCAGGUCAACAUAGGACACGAAGAAAUCCAAUGUCAAAGCUGUGUUAGAGAGAAUGGAAUGUGACACGGUCUCUGAUUGCAUCGUGAAAUGUGAGUUACAUUUUCUGAAAAGGCGAUAAAUGUUUGGGGCUGCAAAAUGAAUGGUGAUUUAUUGGCCAAAUAUGUAUAAACUCAUAACACAUUUGUCACCACCAACAUUGUCAUUACAUUAUCUUUCUUCCAGUGUUUUUCCUAGGAGUGGUAAAAACCUGACCAUGACCACU